AGGUUGUGUAUAAAAGGACAACAUGAUGUGUGAUACUCACACCUGCUGCCAACAGAAACACGUACACACACACACAAGAAACCAUGAAGCUGACUGUGCUGCUCUGUUCUGCUCUGCUGCUCUCUCUCUCUGUCCUUUUCCAGGGGUAUGAGACUGUGAGCCCAGACAGUGAGAUGAUGACGCCCGGAGCACCAAAACCAGACCCUCUGGGUGAAGCCAAAGAGCCUGACUGUGCGAAGUAUGAAGAAGGAACCUGCACCAGGGAGUAUGAUCCAGUGUGUGGCAGUGAUGGACAGGUCUACAGCACUGAAUGUGUUCUCUGCCAGCUGAACAGCCUCCAAAAGACCAAUGUGAAAAUUGCAAGCAAAGGGGAGUGCCCUCCUUAACGGACUGUGGUGCCCAUGGACACAUAUAUAUACACACACACACGCGCACACAAACCUGUGUCUGGCUGUGUAAUGUUAUAUCCAUUAUGUUAUAUCCAUAUUAUAUCCAUUCCCUGUAUGUUGCCUUCUCAAUAAAGUUACGUACUGCAACAUGU